AUAACGUUUUUUCGAACAUCAGCAAGCAGAAAGAGGGGAGGGGAAAGGAGUUGGACAUGAUCACUCUGGCAGUAACUUUUUCUUUCCCCUGGUAAGAAGGCUACAACAGAAAAAGUAUUGAAGGGAGAGAACAGUGUGGAUUACAACGGGACAGCAGUAAAUUAUUUUUUACCUGCCUCGGCAGCAUAUAGGCUACUGUAGAUUUUGGAUUAAUGUUGUCGUAACUGCAGAGAUCUAACAAUAGUUGUAGCAGUCGAGGUGUGUGUGUAUCCAGAGGAGUGCGUCAUGAGGAAUCUCCGCUUCCUGGUUCUGCUCACCCUCAGCCUCAGCCUCUGGUCAUGUGACCUGGGAGCAUCAUCCAAAGAAGUACAAUGCCCUUCCCAACAGGUAGAUGACUGGAAGUUCCCUCAGACGGCCAGACACAACAUCACAGGUUUCAAUCUGGUGCGGCGCUUCUCCCUGCUCAAGACAGCAGCGGUCAGGAAGAUCCGUAACCCCCGAGGACCCGUUAUCCUCCGACUGGGCAAGACAGCACUCAUCCACCCCACAGAUCAGGUGUUCCCCCAUGGUCUUCCUGAUGAGUUCACGCUGGUCUUCACUUUGCUCCUCAAGAAGAAAACACUGAGAGACAACAUCUACCUCUUCCAGAUCUCUGAUGAACAGGGAUACCCACAGUUCUCUCUUGACCUGAAUGGCCCUGAGGCCACCCUGUCCCUGCGUGCGCGGGGGGCCGACCCCCUGAGUGACCCAGUUGGGUGUUUGUUCAGUGGGGAGGGAGUUGAGUCUCUCCUGGACAGUGGCUGGCACAAACUGUCCCUCAGCGUCCAACAGGGAGCAGCCUCUCUACACGUGGACUGCAGCUCCAUCCAGACCAUGCCCCUGGAGCCCCGGGGAGAGCUACCCACCAAAGGACACACCCUGCUGGGGAUCAGAGCUACUGAUGCUGCCCCUGUGGAGAUGGACAUUCAGCAGGUGAUGGUGUACUGUGAUGCCUCCCUGGCCAGUCAGGAGGCCUGCUGUGAGAUACCUGGUGCUCGGUGCCCCCCUGGUGCCCUCAAGAGUCGCCGCGCUGCCGAAAACGAGCUGGAUCAGCAGGUCCUUGCCUUUAAUCAGGAGAUCCUUGGAUCCCAGGGCCUGGCAGAGGAACUGGCUUCAGUUGGACACGCUGGACAGCACGGAAUGAAGGGAGAGAAGGGAGAUCGGGGUUCAGACUGCAGUGACUCUGGAUCUGGUACAUGCAAAGAGGGACGCAUGGGACAGAAGGGGGAGAAAGGCGAGUCUGUGCUGCCCGCUAACUGGGGAGAAGCUGUCGGACACAAGGGAGAUAAAGGACAGAAGGGAGAUAUUGGUCUCCAGGGACUAUCUGGAACCCCAGGAAAGGAUGGUCGGGCUGGAUCCAUCUGUGUGGUGGGACCCAAGGGACAGAAGGGUACCUCUGGAAAGUUGGGGCCUGAAGGACUAGCAGGAGAACCGGGAAAACCCGGACUUCCAGGAAUGCCAGGAAUUGGAGAACCAGGCCUGCCAGGCCUGCCAGGCACUCCUGGAGGACCUCCUGGAUCAAAGGGAGACAAGGGGCAUUCUGGGACACCAGGGAAAGAUGGAGAACCAGGAGAUCCUGGUCCUAGGGGUCCUGGUGGUGGUAAAGGAGAUAAGGGUGACCCAUGUGAGGUGUGUCCCGUCCUGUCUGCAGACCUGGGCAACACUGUGGCCCUCCAUGGGAAGACGGGGCCCAAAGGAGAGCCUGGGGUCCCUGGGAUAGGAGAUCCUGGCCUGCCGGGUCUUCAAGGAGCAGAUGGGAAGGCAGGAGAGAAGGGAGGGGUGGGGUCUGAUGGUGUCAAAGGGGAAAAGGGUGAUGCAUGUGCUGUGUGCCCCACCCUGAGUGAAAUACCUGCUGCCAACCUUGUUGCCAUGGAACAAACCCUGAAACUCAAAGGAGAGAGAGGAAAACCUGGGCUGGGACAGAAGGGAGAACAGGGGGAACCUGGAGUCAGUGGCCUGGCAGGGCUGAGAGGAGAGAAGGGUAACACUGGUGGCAAAGGAGCUGACGGUAAAACGGGCAAAGCUGGACCCAGAGGACCUAGUGGCAAGGAUGGACUGAAGGGGAUACAGGGAGAUCCAGGGAUUCCUGGUCUAGGAACUGCAGGCCCUAAAGGAGAGAAGGGUGCGUCGUGUGGGGUGUGCCAGUCUUCUCCCUCUGAGGUGGGCAGUGGGACGUCCUCCGUCAAGGUGCUAGCGGGUGAAACUGGCCCUCCAGGGCCCGCCGGGCCUGCAGGAGAGGGCACCGACGGCAAACAGGGUGUGCCAGGUCGUGAUGGUCUAAGGGGAGAGAAGGGCGACCAGGGUGAGCAGGGAGACCAAGGAUUAGCCGGCACCCAUGGAACCCAGGGCCUGCCUGGAGAGCCUGGUCGGGAUGGACUAACUGGACUGAAGGGAGAGAAGGGAGAUGCGUGUGAGAGCUGUGUGCCUGUCUCUGGACGGCAGAUGGGUGUAGGAGGGGUGCAGGGAGCCAAGGGAGAGAGGGGCAACCCGGGACCCCCAGGAGAGGGGAAAGCAGGGAAACAUGGCAAACCAGGUCUUCCCGGUGUCCAAGGGCCUAUAGGACCAAAAGGAAGCCAGGGUGACCCAGGAGUUGAAGGGGUGGGCAUCCCAGGACCUCAGGGAGCAGAAGGACCCAGAGGCCUACCAGGGGUGGCAGGUCCUCAGGGAAUUAGAGGACUUACUGGACCAGUUGGGCCUGCUGGGGACAUGGGUCCUAAAGGAGAGGAGGGGCCUCCAGGGCCACAGGGGCCCAUGGGUGUAGGUGUUACAGGACCCCAGGGUAAAGACGGCAAAGGUGGAUCCAAUGGAAUCCCAGGAGCUGAUGGAAGAGAUGGAACUGACGGAGCCAAGGGGGACAAGGGUGAACCUGGAGACUGUAACUGUAUCAGCCCUCCAUAUGCAGGAACAGGUGGACCGGGAGCACCAGGAACUAUGGGAGGAAACACGUGGCAGGGGGCUCCGGGACAACCAGGUCCUCCUGGUCCUCCUGGGCCACAGGGCUUCAUCGGCAUCACAGGACCCCAGGGUAACCCUGGCAACGACGGGGUACCAGGGCAGCCGGGUCUGCCUGGGAGAACUCAUCUGAGGCUGCCUCAGGAUGAGGACCCCAGUCGAGGAGAUGGAAAGAAGGUGUGUGAGGACUGCUCCAAGGGCUUGCCAGGGGUACCAGGCAUGGCGGGCACCAAGGGAGAGAAAGGAGACGAGGGCAAGACUGGCAUAGGCCAUGCUUCCGACGGCUGUGAGAGGUGUUUCCUAAACCAAAGGCUGCAGGGGGAGGAGGCUGCACAGGCUCCUACCACCACCAACACCGAUGGAGCUAAUGGAGGCUGCUCCGGACCAGGAACACCAGGCCACCCAGGAAUACCAGGAGCACCUGGAAUAACGGGAGAGACGGGUCCUCAGGGGCAAAGGGGACAAGCUGGAGUACCAGGAAAUAUGGGUCCUCCUGGUUUUCCUGGUCCUCAAGGCUCAUCUGGACUUACUGGUCAGCAGGGUGAGAGAGGAACAGCAGGACCACCAGGUGUGAAGGGUGAAACAGGCCCUCCAGGGACUAAUGGAUACCCAGGUUCUAUGGGACCACCUGGGCUUCCUGGCCUGAAGGGCGAGAGAGGGACACCAGGCGGUGCGGGAACGAAGGGAGAAUCGGGUCCACCAGGCAACCCAGGAUACCAGGGAAAGGCUGGAGUAGCGGGACCCAAAGGAGAGGCUGGACUGGCAGGUUCCGAUGGACCGAAGGGAGAUCAGGGCUCCCAAGGGCAACCAGGAUUCCCAGGAACACCGGGCCCCCCUGGUCCCUCUGGGAAACAAGGAAGAGAAGGACCACCUGGACCCAAGGCUGACAAGGGUAAUGAUGGACCACAAGGUCCGCAGGGCUCGUCUGGACCUCCAGGUUCUUCUGGGUCUCCUGGCUUGCAGGGACCUCCUGGAUUUGAGGGAUUGGACGGUAAAGAUGGGAAACCAGGAAUGAGGGGUGAGCCAGGGAUUCCAGGGACGGUAGGACCCAGAGGAAUCCCGGGUUUCAAAGGGAAGCAUGGACAUGUUGGCUUCCCUGGACAGAAGGGUGAUGCUGGACCUGUAGGCCCACCGGGGACAGCUGGUAGACCAGGACUUGAAGGUGACGCCGGAGCCCCAGGGCCUCAGGGUCGACCCGGUCCCCCAGGACAGCUUGGUUCUGCAGGAGCAGCGGGGCCCCCAGGACCGGCAGGCCCAGCAGGAGUGGGUAUAAAGGGGGAGAAAGGCCAGGCUGCAGACAGAGGGCUACCAGGGAUGGUUGGCCCCGCUGGACCCCCUGGUCAUCCAGGAAUGAUGGGAGAACCAGGCAAUGAUGGAGCUGCGGGUAAAGACGGAUCACCUGGUCUGCCAGGAGACAAUGGACAAUGUGGUCAAAAGGGUGAAGCAGGUACCCCAGGUCAGAGAGGCGCCCCAGGGGAGCGAGGUCGCCCGGGACCCCCUGGCGGAGGUGGGUACUCCUCCAAAUCUGAUGCCCCAAUGAUGGGCCAAGUGGGACCCAGGGGAGAGAGGGGCACCCCAGGCUCACCAGGCACUGCAGGGUCCCCCGGACCUCCAGGAAUACCAGGCAACGAUCCUGUGGUCAACUAUGACAACAUCAAGGACUUCAUUCGCCAGCAGGUCAUCAAGAUCUUUGAUGAGAGGAUGGCCUACUUCAUGUCUCGUAUGCAGCAGCCACAAGAGGUGUCAUCUCCCGGUCGUCCUGGACCCCCAGGGAAGGAUGGUAACCCAGGCAGAGAUGGGAGUCCAGGAGCCCCAGGUCAGCCAGGACAGAUAGGUAGAGAGGGCCGCCAUGGACCCUUGGGACCACAGGGUCCACGAGGUCUAAAGGGAGAGAAAGGUGACAAGGGUGUAGGGGAGAUGGGUGACAGUGGACCCCCAGGAGCACCAGGUGUUCCAGGCCCCCCUGGCUAUGGUAAGAUGGGCCCCAGCGGCCCCGUGGGUCAGCAGGGGAUCCCUGGAGUCUCAGGAACCCCUGGACAGCCGGGUCAGAAGGGCAGGGAGGGCCGGUGUAACCCCACUGACUGUAUGAGCCAACCAAUAGAGUGGAACCCUAAGGGCCCUCCCAUCAAGGGCCCCUACUAGAGAGAAAGUAUUAAAGAGGAGAGGAGGAGAGAUAGACGAAACCAACCCAAAGACCAGAAGACACUAGAGAAAGGAGAGGAGGGGAGAUAGAAGAAACCAACCCAAAGACCAGAAGACACUAGAGAGAGGAGAGGAGGAGAGAUAGAAGAAACCAACCCAAAGACCAGAAGACACUAGAGAAAGGAGAGGAGGAGAGAUAGAAGAAACCAACCCAACGACCAGAAUACACUAGAGAAAGGAGAGGAGGAGAGAUAGAAGAAACCAACCCAACGACCAGAAUACACUAGAAAAAGGAGAGGAGGAGAGAUAGAAGAAACCAACCCAAAGACCAGAAGACACUAGAGAAAGGAGAGGAGGAGAGAUAGAAGAAACCAACCCAACGACCAGAAUACACUAGAAAAAGGAGAGGAGGAGAGAUAGAAGAAACCAACCCAAAGACCAGAAGACACUAGAGAAAGGAGACGAGGGGAGAUAGAAGAAACCAACCCAGAGACCAGAAGACACUAGAGAAAGGAGAGGAGGAGAGAUAGAAGAAACCAACCCAGAGACCAGAAGACACUAGAUAAAGGAGAGGAGGGGAGAAGAGAGAACAGAUCAAACAGAAGACCAGAGCUUCCGUCCGAUCAACAGAAAUCAUCCCAGGAGAACAAAUGAAUACUGGAGCACCAAUAGUUGGUGUGGAGGACCCAUCCCUAAUUCAUCAAAGGGUUUGCCAGUUAGCUGUCCUUCUCACCGCCUGUGUAGAAAAUCUAUAUGUGUAGGACCUUCCUCUAACUGAUGCCUUGGUACUGGCUGAAGUGGCUUCAAUAAAGGAGAUAUUUGGACGCUGUGCUCUCCUCUCUUUCAUAAAUUUUCCCAACUUUAGCUGCCAGCUCUUUCUAUACGUUAGACAUGUUUAUUUUGACAAUAACAGCAAGAGCAUAUCCAGCCUUUGAAAAACGACCUGCAAAUCCUUCCUCUUCUUCACUAUCAUCCUCAUCUUCAUUCUGAUUAUAAAACGUGUCCAUUGGGAGUAUUAGGCAGCUACCUUGUGAUAUUCUGCUUCGAUCUAGCUUCUGUCUAGCCAUAGAAACAAAAUGAAUAGAAUUGACAUGGCACUCCCAUUUCAAAUGCCCAUUCUAAUCGUUCUAUCUCUUUGUACAUUUUGUUUGAUUUCUAUGCUUGAAUAUACUCCCUCAUCACUUGAAUGAUGUCUGAUGCUUUAACAGAUCUGUACGCUAUGUCCUCAAAUCAUGGCCUUAUGAGAAGUUCUCACCUUCUCUUCCCUGUUUGCGUGAGAAGAACAUAAUGUACACCUCCCAAGAGUGCCUGUUUUGUACAUAUUUCUAUUUAUAUGUAGUAGCUUUUUAUGCCUUUUGGAUUUUGGAAUUGGCGUCAACAUGGCUAACCAUGUUUUCGCUAUGGUCAACUGUCAGGAAUCCACAAUGAGUGUGGUUUUUAUAAGAGUUAUUUGUUCAUAAAAUAUACAAGAAAUUGGAGAGAAAUUAUCUUUUUAUGUGAAAGUAAAUUGGAUUUCUAUAUGGUGGUAUAAUUAUGCUUUGGAAGAUAUUUUCAUGCUUGCCUUUGUAUAAAGUACAUGGCAUCAUUUUCAAAACUGCCUCAAAACUGGCAACAAAAAAAUAAUUCUAGUUAUGUAGGAAUUUAUCAACAAGUCUCUUACAUUAUCAAGCUUAUUUUUGACAACAGAGCAACUGUAAAGGACUAUUUUUUUCUCGUCCAGCACACCACUGGUUACUGUAACUGAAAUAGGGUUGCACAAUUCAGGUAACUUUCCCAAAGUUCCCAGGGUUUUCAGAAAUCCUUGUUUGGAAGAGGGAGGGGAUAAGCAGAACAUUCGGAAUCCACCAACCAGGAUUUAUGGAAAACCUGGGGACUUUGGGCAAGUUGCCGUCAUUUUGCUAUGCUUAAUGGAAAUAUAUGCUUUAUGACCACUAAGAGAAACAGGCUGAAUUUUCAUAGGAGAGGCUGUUUAGCAUCUUCACCCAACCCUUCGCUGGCAUCGCUGUGCCAAUCAGCUUCCCCUCGUAUCCAUGACUGAAUACAACUUGUAUGUCUCCUGCCUUGUAUGUUGUGUUGUUUUGAAUGCAUGCAGUUUAACUUGUCAUCUAUACACUACAGGCCAGGGUGUCAGUAAGGGUGUCAGUAAGGGAUUUGUCACCAUGUUUAGAUUCAUAUGGAUGUUCUGAGUUGUUAUUGGAAGGGCCAUGAGGUUUUCUUGAUAUUUUCACUGUCCAUAGUGAUUUCUGGUCAGGAAAACCUACUGACCCUAGUUAUACUGAACAACCACCCCAAUAGUUCUCCCCUCUUCAUUCCUAGCUUUCAUAAACAUCUUGUUGAAACAACACCACUGUUCCCCUGCUACUCUCAGUAUAUCUGUUGUGUGUUUUAUGUUGGCAUCACUUUUUGUAAAGAGAUGUUUUUUUUUUAUGAAAACGUUUCAGAAAAAGUUAAUAAAAUGUUUUAAGCAGA